CCAUCCCGCAUCCAUUCUACCGCGCAUCACGCUGACACAAUCGAUAAACAUUCAACAGCAUUGAAUGAGCGCAUCCAUUGUUAGCCAAGCUUGAUUUGCAAACAUGUGCCAGUAUCAAUACCAUUAUUAUGGUCAUUGUCAGCACCAAGAGUUUAUUCUCGUCAAGUUUUGUGAGCGCGCAGCACCUCUAGCUCAACCCGAAGAGCAGCAAGAAGAUAUCAAAACAGAAGCCGCAACUGUCCAAGCGCCUCCCGCCGACGAAACAUCUACCUCUUCAAGCGCAGCCAACUCCCAGACUCACUCACCAACCGACAAUCUCGGUGUAUCAUUCAACAACCACCAUCCAUUGAGCAACAUCUUAAAGAUAGUAGAUAGCCAAGAACUCGACGACGAAGUAGACAGUGUCUACAACGAAUUCAUCACUGGCGGCAAGCCUACCGAAUACUACACUAGUAUCGGAGCACAACUGCAGGCAGUACUUGACGCCGUUCGUCGUCUCGAACAGCAAUCCAUUCCAGCCUCGGACUUUGACUCGGGCCGCUCUUCGGCAGCUACAAAACUUCAGCAGAUUCACGAGCGAAUCGAUCGAACAACCUCUCAAUCGUCCUUGGUGAGCGCCUCGAGCAGCCAUCUGGUGCCUCUUGAUGGCUUCCCUGCAUUGUCCAUUGCAGUCAACACUCGUAGCAGCGAGGUCCCAUCACAAUCAUACGCCAAGGUUGUUAGAGACUCUCUUCCGGCUCAGCCUCAGCUGCAGCCCGUCCAGGCUCCUGUCGUUCAAGAAACUGUAUCUCAGACUUCCUCGUCCGAGCUGGUCACUGUGUCUCGCCCUCCUUCUGACCCGGAAGACGAAUGGUGUGUUGUCGACCGAUCAGGCCGUGGCACUCGCCCUUCCAAAUCCCCCAAGCACGCCACUGUCGACAAGCGGCCCACUGAUCGACACGCACGCAAGUCACUCCCACAGGCAUGGAUGAUGAACGAUGACGCCCAGCCUGUACAGCCAUUGUCUGAAGAAGCCCCCAAGACGGCUCACGUCGCUUCUCACAAGCCACUGCAACGCACUGCACGAGUCAAAGGUCCUCACACUCAGCUCGCCACUCAUCAGGCGAACUCGCUCAAGUCCAAGCCGAGCAAGCCUACGCUGUCCAGAGCUACAGCAACUAAGACUCCAAGCUAUGCCUCACCUACAAAGGCAUCCAAGCAUCGCACUACUGGACCUCCCGAUUCCGUCAGAUCUCCCUCUCCUUGCAAGUCCAGAUCCAUCCGCGUCGACGCAUCUGUGGGUACCGCCAUCUCGUCGUCAGAGCAGCAACCACCCUCCCGCCUCGGGGCUGCUUCCGCUCUCGACAAUCAUCGUAAAGUUCUGGCAACACAUGGGAAACGUCCAGUCACUCCGGCGCCAGUCACCCCGGCACCAUUCUUCGGCCUGGAUGGAACAUUCGAGUUUGAUCAAUCUCACGUCUUGCAGGCUUUCUCUGGCAAUUCUGGAAAAUCUACCCGUCGCCCUUCAAAGAAGGCCAAGCUUGAUUUGAAGAUCACCAUCCCUGAUCCAUCAAAAAGCUUGUCUCGCCCGCUCAGUCCGUCUCGGAUUCCUAUCGCCGUUCCUUCAAGCAUACAAUCCAUGGACACCGAUCCCAAUCCUUUCGAUCCUAAGCUCGCACAAGCUGUCGGACCUGGCGACAUUGAUCAGACUGCCUCAAAGCCUAUCGACAGAGCAUCUAUCCUCGAUCCUAUCAGGAGACGUUUGUCAGGUGCUUCUUCGAAGAGUCAAUCCCAGUCCAGCGGCUCUGACACCGAGCUACAGCGAAGAGACUCUGCCGUCAAACGCUUGAUGGAGGCCGCCACUAUGGAAGAGUCCGAGGGUUCUGUUGGCUCUGAUACGACCGUCGAGAUUACUACGCAGUCGAAGACACAGCAACCACGCAGUACCGCUGUCCCUGCUCCAGUCGUCCCUCUGAAACCGGCCUCUGCCAUGUUGUUCGAUACCAUCAAGCAGACUGCUGAGGCUCACGCUGCUCGACAAGGCCUUGGCGAGGUGAAGGCUGCCAAGACUGCUGCAUCAUCCAGCGAAGCACAGCAAGCAAAGAAGUUGCAUGAGUUCCAGGCUGCCUGUCACUCUCGACAGAUCUCCUGCUCUUCCUCUCCAGAUAGAGAUCCUGCAGUGCUGAAGUGUGGCCCUGUGAAGUGUCAAGCCCCAAAGAAGGCCGAGAAGCAGCCUAAGCCUGUCCCGAUUGUCACCAGCCUUCGUGCUACUGCUGCUCACUUUGUUCCUACACCGGUCUCAGACACUUUCGCACUUCCAAAGGAACCUGAACGUCAGCCCUCGUUCGCAUACCCUCUUCCUCUCGGACCUCCUGCUCUGCUUCCAUCUGGUCUUGGGUUCGCGCCCACCAUGUCUCUACCCACAUGCCCGCAGCCCGUGUUUCCACUUACAAUGACUGAGAAGCCCAUCCAACAAAGCUUGCCUCAGCUUCGUGGACCCUUUGAUGGUCGUCCGGACUGGAUUCCUCAGGACGAGUGGCUCAGUUACCCUUACGAGACCCAAACAGCAAUCAUCAGAGAGCGAAAAGAGAGAGGCUCCAGCUCUUCUUCUUCCGCCGGUCUUUCUUCAGCCAUCUUCUCCAACAUGGCCACCGGUUCUUCGUUCUCCUCUCCAGCUCUCCUUGCUGACCCCAUGGACUUGAACAGAUCCUACUACGACUGGGUGAACAGAUUCGGCAGGGCAUCGCUCCAGGCGGUGCCUAGACCAGAGGAUGAAGAACGCAGAGGCAAGGGCUGGGAUGUCAAGUCUGCCGCUCCCGGAUGGCGUUAUGGAUGGCGCGGUGGUGAUGGUCGCGAGAUCUCAUUCCAGGGUGAUGGUCCUGUGGCCGAAAGAAAUCCCAACGCACCCGUCAAUUUCAAUGAGCACGAAGGCGGGCGCCAUGGCAAGGAUGCGGCUCGUUCUGCUAAGAAAGGUCAACAGCGUGGUGGAUACAGCUCGUCUAAGAGAACUAGAGAUUCACCCAACAGCCGUGUCAAACAAUGGGCUAGAAACGCCAACUACCCCUCUGUUCCUUGCGGCAGCUUCGACGUCACCCAAGCAAUUGAGCAUUUGCCUUACAGCGCGAACUACCCCGACGCUUGGUGUCACGACUGCUUCCCGGCACACAUCUAAGGAAGCAGUAGCCUUGAAGGUCACGUCGUUACGAAUGGGCAAAGGAUGUGGCUCACAAUUUCCUAUGUUUAUCGCUUUUCAAGAUGGUUAUUACUCGCAUACAGAAGAAGCUGGACAAGCGGGAUUAUGGAAAGAUACCCAUUCACGACAUGUUGUAUUGCUGCUGUUUCGGUGGGUACAUGAAUUGGGUUAUGGUUCUUCUGAUUUCACGGAUGUGGUAUUGUUCUUCGAGCGUCGUUUUCAAUGGCAUUAAUGAUGAUGCUCUCU